CUUUCAGGGUACUGGUGCUACAGUAUUAGCUAAGCUUCUCCAUCAUCAAUCUUCUUCUCUCUCACUUUUCUCUAUCUAUCUUCACUUUAUUUACCUCCUUUUUCUAAUACUACUAUUAUUAUUAUAAUAAUUAUUGUAUAUUAUACUAUACUGGCUCUACCAACUAUGGAAGCUUUCAGUUUACUCAAGUACUGGCGUGGUGGUGGCGCCACCGGAGUUUUCUCAACCGAUGCCGCCGGUGCUAAAACUCGUUCGACCGUACUUACUGCAGUUGGUUCUAACUCAUCGGAAUCUGAUUCCGACGGAGAUGGAGACGGAGAUGAUGGACCGUUUUUUGACUUGGAGUUCACCGCUCUUCCUGAAGUUGAAGAAGAAGAAGAGGUGAAAGUAGAAGAAAACGAAAGGUGUAAAAUUAGUUCAAAUAAGGAGGAGGAGGCUGAGGAAGGAGAUGGAAGUGAGUCGGAGAAUGAAGGAGAACUGAAAUUCACGCUUUCCCGGUCUAGUUCGAGUGUUGAUGGUACGGAUCCCAAUGUAUCACUUUCGCCGUCUGAUGAUCUUUUCUUCAAAGGUAGUUUGGUUCCAAUCGAGCCUUCAUCGCUGUUGAUAUCCGCCUCGGAGGCGAACUCUAAAUUUUCUUCGUCACUAUUAAAGUCCGCAACUAAGUUUAGAGUGUUAAUGCUGAAACUAAAGAAGCCAAAAUCAAAUGCAACAACAAAAAAUGGAAAAUCUGAAGGUGAUGGUGAUGGCGAUGGCAGUGGCUCUGUUUCAGCUACUCCGAAACCACAAAGGAUUAAAGUAUUAGAUGAGGAAAAAGAGGAGCCUCAAAAUCGAACGCAGAGGAAGUUCUUAACGGUAAAGUUUAAGGUUGAAGAAGUUCCUAUUAAGUCGUUGUUUACCAGAGAUAGCAGCUCAGAAAGCAACAACCACAGCAAAAUACAGAAGCGGAAUCCGGAGGAAGCAUGUUCAACAAAUGCAGCAAAUUCAGCUUCCGAUGAGAAGAAAUUUUCUAAAGAUGUGAUGCAGAAAUACUUGAAAAAAGUGAAACCUCUGUACAUUCGCGUCUCUAAACGUUACGGCGAAAAGCUCAGGUUCUCCGGACAGUUAAGUUUAACAGGUAAUGCUGCAAAUAAGGCCGGUUCUUCACCACCUCCGUCCGCGGCCGCGAAGGCAGAACCGGCGACAGACGCACCACCGGAGGCUGAGAAGAAUCAGAAGCAAGGGAAUAUCCCGACAGGGCUGCGAAUAGUUCGUAAGCAUUUGGGGAAAAGCAGAUCGGCGUCGUCGGCGGUUGUCGCCGCGUCGCCGGUAGCAUCUAACCGUCGAGACGACUCGCUAUUGCAGCAACAAGACGCAAUUCAAGGCGCCAUUUUACACUGCAAGAGGUCUUUCAAUUCAUCUAGAGAUUCAGAGUCAUCCAUUUUAUCACGCUCAGCAAGCGAUGCAUCACAUGAAAAAUCAACGAACUUAACGACAGAUUCAUCUGCAUUAGAGGAGGCCAUAGCAGUGAGAAACUAAAUUAGGAAUUCAUUAAAAUUACUAAGAUUUUCUGCUUAAAAUCGUUAAUUAUUAUUAUUAGUAGUUAAAUUUUGGUUUUCUACUACGCUUUUCCUCGAUUAUAGAUAUUUCAACGGUCAUGACAAAGUAAUGAGUGGUCAGUUAUCUGUUUUCUCUCGUGCUUUGUUCUUUGUAAAUUAUUAAUUAGCACUUCAAUAUUAUAGAAUUAUACUAAUAGUUCUACUUAUUGUUAUAAAGUUU